GUGAACACAUCAGCUCUUUUCUUCUUCUGGAUUCAAUCGUCUCAACUGGUCCGAAUGUGUCUGCGGCCGUCUCUCUCUCUCUCUCCCUCUCCGGCGGAGGUCUCUCGCUCAUGGCUCCAGGUCCCUCGCCUGGAUCUUCGUCAUCGUCUGAGCGUGCUCCGUGGCGGCGUGUGUCAACCCGCCCCUUGGCGCCGUCGGCCAAUUGCCUUCCUCUGCUAUGUCUUGUCCAUCAGUGCCCUGCGGCCGCUGUCCAGACGGGUGGCGCUGUACCGCUCCUUCCCGACUCGCCUCAUCUCUCGGGCCUGGGGUCACCUGAACGGCGUGAAGCUUCCCAACUGGCUCCGUAAACCCGUGUACUCGCUCUACAUCUGGACGUUUGGGGUCGACAUGAAGGAGGCGGCAGUGGAGGAUUUACAUCAAUACAGGAAUCUGGGGGAGUUUUUCCGCCGUCGUCUGAAACCUGCUGUGAGGCCGCUCUGCGCCUCCUCCUGCCUGAUCUCUCCAGCAGACGGGCGGGUCCUGCACUUCGGUCAGGUGAAGAACUCGGAGGUGGAGCAGGUGAAGGGCGUCACCUACAGUCUGGAGAAGUUCCUGGGUCCACAGGAGGGGCGAGGCCAAGAGUCCUCCCUCUCCUUCAGGGAACGCCUCCUGACGUCACCUGAUAACGACCUGUUCCACGUCGUGGUUUACCUGGCGCCCGGUGAUUAUCACUGUUUCCAUUCGCCCACAGACUGGAAGGUGGAGCUUCGACGACACUUCCCAGGCUCGUUAAUGUCGGUUAACCCUGGUGUGGCUCGUUUGGUCAAAGAUCUCUUCUGUCUUAACGAGCGAGUGGCGCUCACCGGCCAAUGGCAGCACGGCUUCUUCUCGUUAACGGCGGUCGGGGCCACGAACGUAGGAUCCAUCCGGGUUUACUUCGACCAGGAGCUGAAGACCAACACCCCCCGCUACAGUAAAGGCUCGUUCCACGACCACAGUUAUGUUGCCAAUGGCAACAGUGUGAACAGUGUGUUGACAGCGGUUUGUGAGGGGGUGGUCCCUGUGGAUGGGGGCGUGGCCUUGCAGAGGGGGGAGGCUAUCGGGGAGUUUAACCUCGGGUCCACCAUCGUUCUGUUGUUCGAGGCGCCCAAGGACUUUAAAUUUAACCUGCAGCCGGGACAGCGAAUCAGAGUGGGGGAGGGGCUCGGCAGCUUCUGAUUGGCUGACGCAUGGGAGGUGCCUGACGAUAUUUUUAGGCAUUGUGGGUAUUUUUCUUUGUAAGAAAACACAUGAAGAGCAUAUGUUUGUGUAACAAGACUCAAACUCCCAGAAUGCCUUGUGCCUCAUGAUAGGAAGAUGCCAAACCCCUCUCUCUCUCUCCCCCUCCUCUCUCUCUCUCUCUCUCUCUCUCUCUCUCUCUCUCUCUCUCUCU